GGAACGGUUGCCAUGGCAGCGGCUGGGCGUGUUGCUUAGCAGGGGAAAGAUGGCGGUGACGGUCUGGUUGGAGAGUCUGCUGACAGCCCAGAAGACUGCGCUGCUGCAGGACGGGAGAAGGAAGGUUCACUAUUUAUUCCCAGACGGCAAGGAAAUGGCUGAAGAAUAUGACGAGAAGACGAGUGAACUACUUGAAAGGCCGGAGUGUAGACUGAUAGGCAGACAGGAGGACCUCACUUGAGUCACUGGGCCCAGCUCUAGAACAGCAGAUCUUUUUCUUACUCUUCUUCCUGUCCACCACCCCAGCUGCCCUGGCAAAAUACUGUCCAUUAUUAAUUUUUAAGUAUAAAUAAUCCCAGGGCUUGAGCUGGCUUUUGCUUGUGCAUUCUAUGAAGUAAAAUAGGGACAUGGUUUUUGUGGCAAUAAACAGGAAUAGUUUCCAUUUUUCUAGCUAAGUAUACAAAUUUGAUAAUUAGUCAAACUGGUUUUCUGUUAGAAAAACUCAAAGUAAUUUACAGAGAAAGAAUGGCCAAUAGGUGUGCAUCAGUCUGGGACAGAGUUCCUCCAGUCGGUGUUAAUAAGCAUGUUAGUGUCCUGUUUUUUUCCUACCCUCUCAGUGCUGUUCAUUCCCACCCCCCACAAUGAUUGCUGCAUGUAUUCAUAGAGGAAAAAACUGAAGGCCCCACAACAAUGAUCGGAACAUCAAACCAGCCUGAGAAGAACACAGCACGUCCAAGGGGGCUGAGGCUGAAGGGCAGGCCAUCCCCCAGCGAUUACAUUCGGAUUACCGACUUAAUCUGCUUUGGUAUUUGACCGCCACCCUAACCACCCCAGGCUGCAUUUGGAGGAUAUUGAGCACUUUCAUCCCCAAGCACUUCACUGGCUUUAUAAAUGACCCACUCGAUUCCCUUCGGCCUCCUCUGGGAUGGGACAUGGCAGCUGUUUAAUAGCCACAUAGCAAUGUUGCAGUGUUUUAGGGCAGAAAAGAAGAAUCCUGCAUCUAGUUUAAGCUGCAGGGAGUAUUUAGGGAAGGGGAAUGUAAUUAUCCACAUUGGAAGUGGGCCAGGGUUUGGAGCUUUGGGGAAAGAGGCCUUUAGGACUUCUGCUUUCCAGCCCACCUGAAAGAUGGGGCCUCCUUUCAGCAGUCUGGGACAUCAGCCUGCUUCCUGCUGACUUAGGAAAAAGCCCCCAGGCGCCACCUCCUUUAUAUAUUCCCCAUCAGACCCUUCACCGGGGUGGAAAGUCUCUUUUCCAAGGUCUGGCUGGGGCUCAGCUGGGAAGAUAUGACAGCAUCCCGGGAAGCUGCCUCACACACACCAGUUUGGGUUUAACAUAUAAUCAAAUCAGAGUGACAGCAGGUGGAAACAGUCUUCUGUUGCCAUAGGAGCCGUCCUUGAGUUCAGGAACAAAGACAGGGACAAGAAAGACAAGACAAAGUGUGCAUUUGUACGUGUGCAUUCACACCCAUGCACUUGUGCAUAGGAAGAAUAAGAAGGACUUCACCAAAAUCUUUUAUUGGGUCUUAUCUCUGGAGGGAAUGGGAAAGGAGACUUUCUUCUGCAUUCUAAGAAAGAAUUUAAUUCUCAAGGUGUUUAAACAAAAAGUAAAGGUGAAGCAGCCAGAGAUGUCAAGUUCCCUGAGUGGUUUUUAAGGUCAGAAGUAAGCUGAUUUUCUUCCUUCUUUGAGUACUUCUUGGGAAGUUUUCUGUGUAAAACUCAAAAUUUCUUGGAGUGAAAGAGUGCACAGAAAACCCUGGGGUGGUUGUCAUCCCUCAGGCCACCUUGGUGCAUUAUUGUGCAUUUGGACACCCAUUUUAGUAAGGUCCAUGACUUACAGGGCACCUCACUUAUCCAGCCCCAGGUAGUGAGGUAGUCCUCAUAGUUUACUUUUUCAGAUAAUCAAAGCUUACCCUUUAAAGGCCAAAUAUAAAAAAUAAAUUGAGCUACUUAAAAAAAACAGAACCUUUCAAAAUAUUACAUGUGCUUAUUGAACACUUUCAGAAUAAAGUUUUAUUAAUAAUUCAAAUUCUGGAUUUGGAGUUAGGACACCUGGAGUUUAGCCGUGGCAUUUGUAAGAUUGUCUCCUUGAGCCUCAGUAAGUCUUCAUACUCUGUAAUUCUUCAUACUCUGUUUCCUGGAGAGUAGUGCCAAGGAUUGAAAGAGAGCAGUCAGGGAAAAAAAUGCUAUUUCUCAUUUUAAAAAUACAGACAUUGCAGUAGAUGCUUUCUUUUUUUUUUUUUUUUUUUUUGAGACGGAAUUUCACUCUUGUUGCCCAGGCUGGAGUGCAAUGGCACGAUCUCGGCUCACCACAACCUCCGCCUCCCAGGUUCAAGCGAUUCUCCUGCCUCAGCCUCCCCAGUAGCUGGGACUGCAGGCGUGUGCCACCACACCCAGCUAAUGUUUUAUUUUUAGUAGAGACGGGGUUUCUCCAUGUUGGCCAGGCUGGUCUCGAACUCCCAACCUCAGGUGUUCCGCCCGCCUCAGCCUCCCAAAGUGCUGGGAUUACAAGCAUGAGCCACCAUGCCUGGCCUGGAGUAGAUGCUUUCUAAAGGAGCUUCCACCUUUAAAAUCUGUGAUGGUUGUGUUCUAUUAUAAAGUGGCACCAUUGGAGUCUAAGGGUGCUUGUUUGCCCUUAUACUAAACGGUCCCAAGUGUUUAUGUGGUUCUGACACUGCCGUCUAAUGUGAGCUGUCCCCAAUACCAUUGUCAAUAUGCCUGAGAAAAAAAGUAAUUUCCUGCCUUAUUCUUCACAUAGCAUUUUAUACCUAGUCUGAGCGAGAAUCUGAGAGUGAUCUUUCCUAUAGUAUAGAGUAGGGUACAUGGAUCUUUUCACAAUAAGCUGCUGUUCGGAGGCAUUUGUCACUUCUGAGUUUGCAACUGUGACAGAGGCCCCCAGAAGGCUGCUUCCAGUGAAGUGAGGUAUUAACACUGAAUAGAUUUGGAUAUACUCCUGGUCACAGUCCAUUCACUUAAGAGAGAAGUAUUUGUGGGGGAAAAAAAGUUGCCUAUAAAGCAUAUUUCUAAGUUUUACUCUUCCUUAUUAAUUUUCAUUAUAAACUUGGAAAUGUGUUUCUAGGGAGAAUUUUUAGCCCUAAGAGGUAAUAAAAUCACACUGCAGAAUGCAGCAGACCUUAUAAAAGCACAUAUUUAAGGGAAAAUUCUAAUUUUACAGCACACUUUUGUGUUCAGCUUGUGUGCCUUACUUACAGUGGUGAGGGCGUUUGGAUUUGACACAGCUGCUCAAAAGGUCUGAAGUAAAACUGCCGGCUGCCUAGUGCUGAGAACCUGACUAGUUCUCAACUCCUACCUGGAAAAAGACGCAAACAGAAACAACUGUAACUGAGUACUAUGCACUUUUUGAGUUGUUUAGCUCCUUAAACAGCUACAGAGGCUGCUGGUCUUUAGCACCAACUGGGCUCCCCAGGCUGGAGGAUACCAUAGUGGGCAGCCCCGGAUUCCAAAUGCAGCAGGAAGGGAAAGGAACUGGGGGAUAGGAGAUCAUGGCUCAGAAAAGAUCGCCCUGCAGUGAUAGACUGCAUGGUUCCUGAAAAUGAAAAUCUCAGCAGGGGUUUUCAGGUACUGUCCAUUCAACUAGUUUCUUGAUUUAUAAUUUUCAUGAUAUAUAUGCCUUAAAAUCUUAUGCAAGCAUCUGGGUUGUGAAACAAAGUAAAAUAGAGAUGGUUAUUUGCAUUCUAGAAGGAUUCUCUUUUACAAAAA